CGACAUGCCCUGCCGCUUGAUUGUUAUGCGCGGGAUUAUCUUAGCUGUGCUAUCCCCAAGCUAAGUGAAGAGAUUCCCGUGGCCGGGGCCAUCUCCUCUGGUACUGCAGCAGCGCACACAACCCAAAACAACAAACAAGAUGGAUCUGCUCAAGGUGGUGGUGGUGGCGUCGCCCUUUGCCAACAUGUCGGCCCUGUACGAGAUCGACCCCGAAGCCGACGUGUUGCUUAUCGUGCCGCCCCACAGCCGGCCCAUUGCGCCGUGGGACGACGACAGCAAACCACAAGCCAAUGGCCUCGGCAUCAACACGCCCCAGAAAUCCAAAGCCUCGCCGCCUCCCUCGCCCGGGCUGCGCAUCAAGGUGUCAUCCAAGCACCUAUCCCUCGCCUCGCGGGUCUUCAAGAACAAGCUCGCCGCCAGCCCCGGCACGCAGUCAGACGGCCGCGUGCACUUGGCCUUCGGCGACGGCCUGUUCGACCCCAAAGCCGUCACGGCCGUGCUCAACGCCGUCCACGCCCGUGGCCGCAAGGUGCCGCGCGCCGUCGACCUCGAGACGCUUGCCAACAUCGCCCUCGUCAUCGAUAAGUUUGGACUCCUCGACGCCAUCGACGUCUACGCCGAACGCUGGGUCGACGCCCUGAUCGACAGCCUGCCCGCCGCCUACCCCCGCGAUCUCGCACUCUGGAUCUACAUCAGCCAUGUCUUGCGCCGCGCCGACGUCUUCAAGACCGCCACCAAGCUCGCCGCGGCCCACGCCACCGGCCCUAUCCGCGACCUCGGCCUGCCCCUUCGCGAAAAGCUCAUCAAACACCUCGACGCGCAGCGCCAGGAUCUCGUCGGCCAGGCCGUGGCGGCGGUCCACGGCAUGCUCCACGAGCUGACGGGCGGCAGCGCGGCGUGCGCGGCGUAUCACUGCGACGCGCUGCUGCUGGGCGAGCUGGUCAAAACGCUGCAAGCCGCGCGGCUUGUGUGGCCGCCACCGGCGAAGCCAUUCACGGGCGUCAGCUUCGCGGGCGUUGUCGAGGCCGUGAUGGCGGGCGUCAACGCCGCCCAGCGCCACGCCCCUGCUGCUGCCGAGGCGUGGGGCCCUUCCAAGCCCGCCACGCCGCCCGGCGCCACGGCGAGCCGCAAGCGCAAGAGCCCUGCCCAACUGCCGCCGCUGACGCCGGACUCGGAUCUUGAGGACAGGGCGAAUGGGAAUGGGGCUGGUGGCGGGACGGCGUUUGAGACGCACGAGUGUGCUGCGCUUAAUCUGGCGGAGCGGCUGAAGAGGUUCGAUCUGCUCGAGCAGAGCGUUGCGGGGCUGGAGCUUGAGAGUAGUCUCGGCUAUCAGCUGUAUUAGGGGGUCUUGGAGAUGGAAUGGGGAGGGAUGUUAGUUGAAAACAUGGCGUUGGAGAGAAUGGGAAUGGAUUGGGUGGAGGAGCAAUUUACGGGCAGACGACUGAUGAGCCGACUAACAAAAGCGCGCGUUACUUGCGGAUACCCCUAUAUCAUGUCUACUUUGUAUACUAAUUAGCCGAUUUGCGUUUUCUGUUCAUUUACAGCCCGAUCGAACUUCUUUAUUGACAUGGGAGGUGUGAGAUACGGUGUUGAUAUUUCUGAAAUUUCUAUCUGAUUAGGAUCUUGCGCUGGACCACUAGACUUGGUACACAUGCC